AUGGACUCCCGGAGCUGCCAGGACAGGCAGCCCAGUGACCCCCCCAGCAGCAGCAGCAGCAAUUGUAGCAGCGGCAAAAGCGAAGGCGAGAGGGAGAGGAUCCGCAGCCGGAUGAAAAUGGUCAUCGGGCAACUGGAAGGCAUCUUGCAGGAGCUCAAGGAGGUCGCCAAGGAGCUCCGGGAGGUAGUGAGCCAGAUCGACCGGCUGACGUCCGACUUCGAGUUCGAGCUGGAGCCGGAUGAUUGGACGACAGCGACGGCCAGCAGCACCUCCAGCAGCGAGAAAGGGGGGGUCUCCUUCGAGCUGGGACCCCUCGACUUCGCAGCGGCCGACAUCCUGUCCGACAGCUGGGAAUUCUGCUCAUUCCUGGAUACCUCCACCCCAUCAGACCAAGGCGACGGCCCCGACCCCCCACGGCCUCAGCCCCCGCCGUGCCGCCAGCCCGACUACCGGCUGAUGAACGGCGGGGUGCCCUUCGCCAACGGGCCCCGAGGGGGCACCCCGGACUCAUCCAGCGAGGAGGCAUUCGCUCCCCAGCAGAAAGGUCCCCAUCACCGGACAGCCGGCACGCGGGAGCGGGUCCGCUUCAGCGACAAGGUGCUGUACCACGCCUUGUGCUGCGACGAUGAUGGGGAUGGCGCCGACGAAGCGUCCCCAAACGAGGACGGCACCGAGGAGCGGGGCCUCAAGGUGACCCCGAAGAACCAACCGUCUGUUGGUGGCAAUGGUGGUGGCACUAGUGGAGGGCCACCGGCGCGGCGGCUGAUGAGGAACAGCAGCACUCAGACUGUGGCCGACAAAAGCACCCAGACGGUGCUGCCUUACAUCCCGGCCAAACAGAAACUCAAAACGAAAAACUGA